UCCGUGUCAACAUGGCGGCAUCCAUGGCAUCCCAGGCUGCAGUUAGAGGACUGAGGACAGCUACUUCAAAACACGUUCUUCUUGACAAAUUAAAGUGCACCUGGACAAACCCCAGGAGAUGGCUGAAUCUACAAGAGUACCAGAGCAAGAAGCUGAUGCAGGACAGCGGAGUGGCCGUCCAGCGCUUCUUUGUAGCUGAUACAGCUUCUGAUGCCCUAAAAGCUGCAAAAAGACUCGAUGCCAAGGAAAUAGUGUUGAAAGCUCAAAUUCUGGCCGGUGGCAGAGGCAAGGGCGUGUUCGACAGUGGCCUUAAAGGUGGAGUGCAUUUAACUAAAGAUCCUGCGGUGGUUGGUGAGCUGGCUAACAAGAUGCUUGGUUUCAACCUGAUUACUAAGCAGACACCUAAAGAAGGAGUGAAAGUGAAAACGGUGAUGGUUGCCGAGGCUCUGGACAUAAGCAGAGAGACAUACUUGGCCAUCCUAAUGGAUCGUGCCUGUAAUGGCCCAGUCAUUGUGGGAAGCCCCCAGGGAGGUAUGGAUAUCGAAGAAGUGGCUGCCAGCAACCCAGAACUUAUCUUUAAGGAAGUCAUAGAUAUAUUUGAAGGUGUGCGAGACGACCAGGCACUUCGGAUGGCAGCUAAUUUGGGUUUCAAAGGACCUCUGCAAAGACAGGCAGCAGAUCAGAUUAAGAGGCUGUAUGAUCUGUUCCUGAAAGUCGACGCCACUCAAGUCGAAGUCAAUCCUUUCGGAGAAACUCCUGAAGGACAAGUGGUUUGCUUUGAUGCCAAGAUCAACUUUGAUGACAAUGCCGAGUUCCGUCAGAAAGCUGUGUUUGCCAUGGACGACAUGUCUGAGAGUGACCCCACAGAAAUGGAGGCAGCCAAGUGGGACCUCAAAUAUGUUGGAAUGGAUGGAAACAUCGCCUGCUUCGUGAAUGGAGCUGGUUUGGCCAUGGCAACAUGCGAUAUUAUUGACCUGCAUGGUGGAAAACCAGCUAAUUUCCUGGAUCUUGGGGGCGGAGUCAAAGAGCGACAGGUCUACGAGGCUUUCAAGCUGCUCACUGCCGACCCAAAGGUUGAAGCGAUCUUGGUCAACAUCUUCGGCGGCAUCGUCAACUGUGCCAUCAUCGCCAACGGCAUCACCAAAGCCUGUCGAGAGCUGGAGCUAAAAGUGCCGCUGGUGGUCAGGCUUGAAGGGACCAACGUUCAGGAAGCCAAGAGGAUUCUGUCGGAGAGCGGCCUGCCGAUCACAUCGGCAGACGACCUGGAUGAUGCUGCUAAGAAAGUGGUGUCCGCCAUCAAGAAGUAGAAAACAUUUUGCAAACUCUGUUCGCCCGUACCAGUUACAUCAUCACCAUCAACCCUUAACACACAAACCUCAGUAACAUUAAGCCUUUGCUCUCAUAGGCCUUCUUUUUUCAUUGUCGUUAUUUUUAUUGUAGUUUUAAAACCGUGCACAGAGUUCAACACAUUGCAAACUGGUUUAUUUUCAUCUUUUCAGUCAUUUGUUUUCAAUAUAUUUGUAUCAAUUGGGGUUGAAUUCACAAAUAUUCAGGGUUAUUGUUGACGUUCUUCUUUGAUUUAUUUUCAUUUCAUUUUUUUAGAGAAACACUCAGCUUUUUCUUUUUCUUUACACAGUCUGGUGUUUUUAUAAAAGAAUUAUGAAGUAAGGCAUUUUUUUAUUCUCUAAAAGCGCAGUCAUAAGUAGGCCUGUCAUGAUAAACAAUAAAUCAAUUAAUUGUAUGAUAAAUUAUUUGGAGGUCAAUAAAAAAAUGAGGACGAUAA